ACACAGGUAGUAGAGGUGAUGAACCGAGGCUCACACCACCCUGGAUUUUACCUAGAAGAGUGGAGAGGCGAAAGUGCUGGAUUUGGGUUGUUUUCAUCACGGAGGGAAACCUUAGCAAUUUUAACCUUGUAGGACUUUUUUUUGUAAAAACAAAAGGAAUAUCACCCCUUCUUUUUGUUAUAUAAAAGGGAAAAAAAACAAAAACCGAAUAACAAGGAUCUGGCGAUGAGGUCGGAGGGAGCCUGGGUGAUGGUGCUAGGAUUUGCCUUGAGGUUCUGCCGCUGCGUGGUGUCCAUGAAGGAAGAAUUAGUCAUCCCGGUGCGCUUGGAUCCUGGUCACCUCGCCAGGAACAGCGCUCACGCCCGCGGUCAGAGCGUGGGCUUUAAGAUCGAGGCGUUCGACCAGCAGUUCUUCCUGAAUUUGGUGCCCGAUUCGAGCUUCCUGGCGCCGGGAUUCACCGUCCAGUCGGUCGGCGCGACUCCCCUCCCUACUUGGGGCGCCAAUGUGGACCACUGCUUCUACUCGGGCACGGUCAACGCCGACCCCGAGUCUUACGCGGCGCUCAGUCUGUGCAACGGGAUGCGCGGCGCCUUUGCUUCCAAUGGCUCGGAGUAUCUCAUCCAGCCGGUUAAAAACGAGAGCGGGAGGCCGGCAGGAGCAGGUGGAGAUUAUACCCACAUCAUCCACCGCAGGAGCGCGCCCUCGCCCCAGGGAAACGACACGUCCCGCUGCGGAGUCAGCUCGACCCACGCUAACCUCGCAGUGCUGGAGAAAUUCAAAGCUUCCCAUACCAUGGACCCUUCACCCAAAGGAGAACACGAGGGGAAAAAGAACAGUAGAUCCAAGAGAUUUGCAUCAAUCCCCCGCUUUGUGGAGACUUUGGUGGUCGCUGAUGAAUCAAUGGCCAACUUCCACGGUGACGACCUCAAGCACUAUGUCCUAAUGUUGAUGGCAGUGGCUGCCCGGUUGUACAAACACCCCAGCAUCCUCAACCCCAUCAGCAUCGUGGUGGUCAAGCUUAUGGUCAUUAACCACGAGGAGAAGGGCCCGAAGAUCUCCAGCAAUGCUGCGCUCACACUCAGGAACUUCUGUGCUUGGCAGAAGAAGUUUAACAAGGCCAAUGAUAAGCAUCCAGAGUACUACGACACUGCAGUACUCUUCACUAAACAGGACCUGUGCGGUGCGCAGACUUGUGACACGCUGGGGAUGGCGGACGUGGGGACUAUGUGUGACCCAAAGAGAAGUUGCUCGGUCAUAGAAGACGACGGCCUCCCUUCAGCCUUUACCACCGCCCACGAACUAGGUCAUGUCUUCAAUAUGCCACACGACAACGUCAAGGCGUGUGAGAAUGUGUUCGGGAAGCUGAAGGACAAUCACAUGAUGUCCCCCACCCUGAUACACAUUGACCGGUCCAGACCGUGGUCCGUGUGCAGUGCGGCCAUCAUCACAGACUUCCUGGACAGUGGCCACGGUGACUGUCUACUGGAUGAACCGAUGAAGCCAAUUACUUUACCAGAUAGUCUCCCGGGGCAAAGCUAUAACUUGAACAGACAGUGCGAACUGGCCUUUGGGAUUACCUCCAAACCAUGCCCGUACAUGCAGCCUUGUCUGAAACUGUGGUGCACAGGGAGAGCUCGAGGACAACUGGUGUGUCAAACAAGACACUUCCCAUGGGCAGAUGGAACAAGCUGUGGAGAUGGAAAGAUCUGCAUGAAGGGUGUGUGUGUGGGAACACAUGAAGUGACCAAGCACAAGGUUGAUGGGAAAUGGGGAAAGUGGGGUCCGUAUAGAUCUUGUUCACGGACUUGUGGAGGUGGCGUCCAGCUUGCUAAGAGGGAAUGUAACAAGCCAACUCCUACCAAUGGCGGAAGAUAUUGCGAGGGUAUCCGUGUCAAGUAUCGCUCGUGCAAUUUGGAACCGUGCCCGGACAACGGUAAAAGUUUCAGAGAGGAGCAGUGCGAAUCCUUCAAUGGUUACAACAUCAAUACCAACAGGCUUGCCUCAUCUGUUGUGUGGGUCCCAAAAUAUUCAGGAGUAUCACUGAGGGACAAAUGCAAGCUUGUAUGCAGAGCGAAUGGUACUGGAUACUUCUAUGUCCUUGCACCCAAGGUGGUGGACGGAACUCCAUGCAUGCCAGACACUUCAGCUGUGUGUGUCCAGGGCAAGUGUAUCAAAGCUGGUUGUGACGGAAAGUUGGGAUCCAAUAAAAAGUUUGACAAAUGCGGAGUAUGCGGAGGAGAUCACAAAAGCUGCAAGAAAGUUUCUGGCUUAUUCACAAGACCCAUACAUGGGUAUAACUAUAUUGUGACUAUACCAGUUGGAGCUACCAGCAUUGACAUCAAGCAAAGAGGGUACAGGGGCAUGACUAAUGAUGACAACUAUUUGGCUGUUAAGAAUGAGCAUGGGAAAUAUAUACUCAAUGGUCACUACAUUGUUUCCGCGGUUGAACGAGACAUUGUCAUAAAGGGAAGCCUGCUGAGGUAUAGUGGAACGGCAACUUCUGUGGAAAGCCUUCAAGCCUUUAGGCCCAUCCAAGAGCCACUGAUUAUUGAAGUCCUCUCAGUUGGGAAAAUGACCCCUCCUCGUGUUCGCUAUUCCUACUACCUGCCAAAGGACAAUCGGGAAGAUAAAUAUUCACACAGCCCCAACAAGAAAGACACUAAAGGAUCCUUGUUGAACAAUGAAAGUCUGAGCAAACUGAACAAAAUAAACACACAGCAGCCAGAUUACAAGCGGCCCAUUUAUAAAUGGGUGGUGAGAACAUGGUCUCAAUGUUCGGUUUCUUGUGGAAAUGGACUGCAGCACAGAUCUGUCGAGUGCGAAAACAAUCAUGGACAAAUAGCAUUUGACUGUGAUACCACCCAGAAACCAGAAGUCAUCCGGCAGUGUGGAGAUCCUUGCCCAGUGUGGGAGAUAGGCGGAUGGUCGCCAUGCUCCAAGAGUUGUGGCAAAGGUUUCAAAAGACGUUUAAUCAAAUGCAAAGCUGAGAGCGGGCAUGCUUUGCCCAGAGAACAUUGCAGUAUAAGGAAGAAGCCACAAGAGCUGGAUUUUUGCACGGUGAGGCCCUGCUGAGAACCAUCAGUGGAAAUCUUUUCAGAUAGAGUAGUCUUUAGAAAUGACAGGUGACCUUUGGUUCAUGGUAACCAUUAGUGAUGGUGAUGUCUGUUACGUCUAAACCCAAAUGGAAUAUUGAAACAAACAACUGUUUUGCAUUGGGAAACAUGGAGACCUGUGAUGUAUAAUUAGGAAAGGAUUAACCUAAAAAAUUACAUGUUGAAGUCUACCUCUGUUAAUUGUAAGGUGUUGUUAAACUGUUUUUGGGGACUUCAUUGACCAUGUACUAGUGUAAGAAGUGAUGACUGCUAGUCUGAGCACUUAGGUAACGCAGUUUGUCACCAGGUUAGAAGCAGUCAAAAGAUUUUUUAUGGUUUGAUGAUGUUUUACUCAGCAUUGAGCAUAAAAUAAUACAGGGACCAAUGUAGGUGCAGCUGCAAUAUAAGGCAGAGAUGCCCUAAUGUGAUAUAUUAAUGGGUCAUGGAAGUAUGUGACCAUUCUUAACUUUAGAGAUAUGGAAGAUAGUUUAUUUGUAAACGGGCAAUCUUACAUGCUUUUUUAUAAAAAAUAUUAGGAAGGUAUUGUAAAUCUGUUCUUUGUGAAAGCAAUAGAAUGUUUUACCUGGUGAUACUGUUGUGUAACAUGUCAGGUGACGUUAUUUCAAGUUUAAUUGGUGUCAUCGUUACAAAGUGUUACGUUAGAACUCAACCCUAUUUAUGAAAGAAAAGUAGAGUAUUAGGCUCGUGCUAAAGUAAGGCAGACUUUAUGUCUGAGAUGAGCAUCAUAGUAUUGGUAGCCGGGCCUGUUUGCAAAAGAUUUCUUCCAACAAUCUCUUAGUAAACUACGUUUUAUAUGUAAUAAUUUAUUCUGAUAGGGACAAUAUUACAUGGUGCAUAAAUAAUUUUCGGUAUGCUGGCAACAUUAUUUAUUGUGUGUAUUAGGUUCCAGAACCAUCAGUGGAAAACCAAACUGACAAUUAAAUUACUUUUUAUUUUGCUGUGUGGUGAGAUUAUAACUAUGGAACUGUUUGCUUUGCCCAUGUUUGCACAUUUUAUAACCUAGCCGGCAAACAUUUUGGAAAUAUUUCAUUUUUCAUUUACACAAAAUGUAAAAAAAAAUGUUCGUACGAUUGUUUCAUCCAUGAGAAAGUCUUUAGUAUUUUUAGUAUUUCACAAACGAGUCCUGAAAGUUGAUAGCCAUUUGCAUUGAUGGUUUGUUAAAAUUCCCCUUUGUAAUGCGGCAGUACUUUUUGUUAAAGAAAACAUCAUUUACACCAGACUCUGUAACCCUUUCACUUGUGUUCUGGUUGGGAGGGACUGUACUUACCGUUCUUCCAUCUAAAAGAUGGUUCAUAUGUUAUUGGGGUUUAUUUUACUCUUUUGCAUCUUUAGAUUGCAAAAGGCAUAAAUAGCGUUUAUUGGCUGUUACGUAUACCAUGUAUACAUCUGUUUAAUUGUGCACAUUAAAAUUUGUAAAUACCUAUGAA